AUGGCUAGGAAGAUGAAUCGAGGUCUUCGAUCCUCACAAUUGGUAUCAGAGCAACAAGAAACUGAAGCGGGCGCUGAGGAUUUCUUAAACAAUCAGGUGGAAGUUGAGGUUGAUGAGCCUACUCCAGAGGAUCGAUUUGCUCGAUUAGAGGAUGCUGUUGUCAGGAGCAGUUCUUUCAAUCGACAACAGGAUUCUUUCAAUCAUAGAUUUUCAACACAGAUGGGUGAACUAUCUUUGAAGCUGGAGUUCCUAAUUCAAGAGUUCAAGAAUUUCAAGAAUUCCAAGAAUUCUGACCAAGGAAUUCUUGGCUCUGGACCAAGGGAAGAUCACAGGACUCUGGAUUCAGGUUCAAGAGGAGCUGGUGACUUCAAUAGGAAUGAUCACGGCAGUGGAUAUCAGCCACAGAAUCGAAGGACUCCUGAUUUUAGUGGGGAGUUUCAAUCUGCUAAUAGCUUAGGUAAUGCAUCAACUCCAAGAAACUCUUUCUUUAGCAAUCAAAAACUUGUUCAACCAAAAUCUCUACGCUUGGAUUUUCCUUCUUUCUCUGGAUCUGAGAAUAUUAUAGCUUGGUUAGAGCAAACUGAACAGAUCUUUGAGUAUUAUGAUAUUAAAAAUGAUGAAUGGGUCAAGGUUUGUUCAUUCUAUCUAAGGGAUGAAGCCUUGCAGUGGUAUAGAUGGCUCACUAGGAAUAUUGAAGAUUAUUAUCAAUGGACUGUAUUUAAGGAAGAAAUUUUAACAAGAUUUGGUCCUAGUGAACUCACGAGGCCAUAUGAUGCUUUCUCAACCAUGAAACAGACUUCUAUAGUCAGGGAAUACUUGGGAAAAAUUGAGCAAGCAUUAGGAAUGUUAGAUGAUCAACCCUCUAGGAGACACAUUCUUGAAAGGUUUAUAGGGGGGUUGAAAGAUGAAUUGAGAUAUGAUGUUUCAGCAACUAGACCAACUUCCUUAAAGGGAGCUGUAUCCCUGGCCAAACUCUUUGAGGACAAGCAGAAAAAUGAAAGGAAAUCUAAGGGUCACUGGAAUUACUUAAAUUCAGAUGGUUCUUCAAUGAACAAAUCUCAAAAUCCUUCUAUUAAAUCUUCAGAUCCUCAGACAAAGGGUGAACUGGAUAGGACUGUAGUAGAUUCUGGAGAGGAGGAAGAAGAAGAUUCUAAGGUCAUGGAGUUGGCUGAAAGCCUAGCAAGUGGAGCUCCCUCUAUUUUAGUACAAGCAUUGAAUGGAAUUACUGCCUCCCACACAAUUAGGGUGGUAGGAUAUUAUAAAAAGCAGGCUGUUAACAUCUUAAUAGACUCAGGAUCUACCCACAAUUUUAUUAAUGCCAAACUAGUUAAGAAAUUGGGUAUAAUAGUAACAGAAUCAAGUAAUUUUGAUGUUCUAGUAGCCAGUGGUGAACUAAUUAAAGGAGGAGGAGUGUGUUCAAGGGUAUCUUUAGACUGCCAAGGGGUGAGUAUUCAGGUUAACCUAUUGGUUAUGCCUAUGGGAGGCAGUCAAGUGGUUUUAGGAGCUGACUGGAUGAGAAUGUUGGAGGAUAUUACUUUGAACUUCAACAAACUACAGGUGACAUUCAUGAAUGAGGGGGUUAAGAGAACCUUACAGGGAGUACUCCCAGGUGAUUUGCAGUUGGUUGACAGUAAGCAAAUUGCAAAAACUCUCAGAGAGCAAGAGCAAGGAUUCUUCAUCCAAUUGUGCAGUGUGAGUCUACAAAAGUGCACAACAGAAGGUGCACAGGAAGACUUACCUACAGAAGUGCAAAGGCUGAUACAAGAGUUUGAAGAUGUAUUUAAGGAGCUACUACAACUUCCUCCUAGAAGGGACAUAGAUCAUAAAUUUCCACUGGAAGAUGGCACAAAACCAAUCUGUAUCAGACAAUACAUGCAUGCACACCUUUUAAAAGAUCAAAUUGAAAAACAAGUGGAGGAAAUGCUUCACAGAGGAGUCAUUAGAUCUAGCAACAGUCCCUUCUCUUCUCCAGUUGUGAUGGUAAAAAAAUCUGAUGGAGGGUGGAGGAUGUGUGUAGAUUGCAGAUCUCUUAAUCAAGCUACCAUCAAAGAUAAAUUUCCCAUACCUGUGAUAGAUGAACUUUUGGAUGAAUUGCAUGGGGAAAAAUUCUUUACUAAGCUGGAUUUAAAAUCUGGAUAUCACCAGAUUAGAAUGCAUGAAGCUGAUAUUCCAAAAACUGCCUUUAGGACUCAUAGUGGUCAUUUUGAAUUUCUGGUAAUGUCAUUUGGCCUCACUAAUGCUCCUUCUGCUUUUCAAGCCCUUAUGAAUUCUAUCUUCAAAGACCUACUCAGGAAAUCUAUCCUUGUCUUCUUUGAUGAUAUUUUGAUAUAUAGUGCAAAGUGGCAGGACCAUUUAUUUCAUCUGAGGCAAGUGUUCUUGAUUAUGAGGAAACAUCAGUUGGUGGCAAAAAUGUCAAAGUGCAGUUUUGGACAACAUCAGGUGGAAUAUUUAGGCCAUGUUGUAUCACAAGAGGGAGUUGGGGUUGACCCUAACAAGAAAAAGGCUAUCAUUGAGUGGCCAAGACCAACAACCUUGAAGAGGUUGAGAGGUUUUUUGGGCUUAGCAGGAUACUAUAGAAAGUUCAUCAAAGGAUUUGGAGCAAUAGCACAGCCCUUGACCCAACUUUUGAAGAAAGGGGCUUUCAUAUGGACUGACUGUGCUGAAAAGGCUUUUGAAACAUUGAAGGAGGCACUGACUCAACCUCCAGUCCUAACUAUGCCCAAUUUCAAUUUACCAUUUAUCAUUGAGUGUGAUGCUUCAGGGUCAGGUAUUGGGGCUGUAUUGAUGCAAGAGGAAAGACCUAUAGCUUACUUCAGUUUUGCUUUGAAAGGAAGAAAUGUUACAUUAUCCACAUAUGAGAAGGAGUUAAUGGCAAUCAUUCUAUCAACAAAAAAAUGGCAGCAGUAUUUACUAGGGAGAACAUUUGUGAUCAGAACUGAUCAUCAGAGUCUUAAAUACUUACUGGAGCAAAGAAUACACACAUGUAUUCAAAAUAAAUGGCUUGCGAAAUUACAUGGCUAUGACUAUAAGGUGGAAUACAAGCCAGGUAGAUUGAAUAAUGCUGCAGAUAGUUUAUCCAGACUUCAGGAUGAUGGAGAUGAGAUUCCUGCUCCUAUAACUGAGGUUUCAUCACUCACUACUCUUACCAGUGAUUGGUUAGAGGAGAUUAAACAUAUGUGUUCUACAGAUGAUUAUUUUGAGCAAGUGGAUGCCAAGUUGCAGCAGGGACAACUGGAUACUGGAAGAUAUGUCAAGAAAGGAGGGCUCUACUUCUACAAAGGGAGACUUUUGAUUAGUCCUACAGCUCAACACAUUAAAUCCUCCUUAUUGAAAGAGCACCAUGAUAGUCCAAUAGCAGGGCACUCUGGAAUCACUAGGACCCUGCAGAGGCUUAGACAAGCUUGUUAUUGGGAAGGUAUGAAAAGGGAUGUCCAGACUUAUGUAAAAAAUUGUGAUGUCUGCCAAAGAACAAAAGGGGAAAACAUAGCCCCCCCAGGACUCUUGCAACCCUUACCUGUUCCAGAUUAUAUAUGGGAGGACAUUUCAAUUGAUUUCAUUACUCAACUACCAAAAAGUGGGGAUAAAAGUGUUAUUUUUGUGGUGGUGGACAGAUUGUCUAAGUAUGCUCAUUUUUUCCCACUGUCACAUCCUUACAAUGCUUCUUCAGUUGCUCAGGUGUUCUUUGAAGGGGUGUUUAGAUUGCAUGGCAUGCCUAAGUCCAUAAGGGUUAUCUGCGCUGUUUUUGCUGCCACAAGCCUAAGGAGUGGAGUAAAUGGCUGCCUCUCACUGAGUAUUGGUAUAAUACAACCUGGAAAGUAUCUACAAACACCACUCCUUUUACAGCAGUAUAUGGCAGGCAGCCCCCUUCCUUGCUUACUUAUAUCCCUAAGAGCUGAAGCAGUGGAUGAGGUUGAAGCAGUGGAUGAGGUUCUCUUUUCCAGAGAUAUAGCCCUUCAGUUGUUGAAAGAAAGUUUGAAGAAAUCAGUGAUGCAAAUGAAGAAAUUUGCAGAUAGACACAGGAGCCACAGAAUCUUUGCAGUAGGUGAUUGGGUUAUCUUAAACUUCAGCCUUAUAGGCAAGUCAGUGUCUCUUCAUGCAAACCCCACAAAUUAUCUCCCAAGUAUUAUGUUAAAGAAGAAAGUAGGUUCUGAUAUCAAUUUACAGAGUGACCUGCCUAGUUUUGUAGAAGAAAUAAUUGAUGAACCUAAAGCUAUAUUGGAUAGAAGAACAAUCAUUAAAGGGAAUCAUUUGGUCUCUGAGGAGCCAACGCAGAGGCAGCUGGAAUUGAGGCUGGCAGCUGGAAUUGACGCUGAAAGCUGGGAAGCUGGGAAGGAGCUGACUGUGUGUACUUGUGGGACUGAUAUGCAAGAAUAA